AAAAGCAUCUGCGAAUCCACCCGAAGGAGAAGCCCUAUCGACGCAUAAAGGCUCUCUUGCCCUUCUCCGCCGCUCGCCGAGAAAGUCCCAUAUUUUCAGCUUUUCACGGCGGAGAAUUUCCUCCGGUGACGGAAUCUUGGAAUCUCUCUAUCUCGCAGAACCUAUUCGAAUUCAGUAGCUUCUUCUUCUCCCGAGAUUUCAUUAAUGGCAACUAUGGCUAGGUCGUUUUUGCAGGCGAUAUCGACGGAGGAGACAGCUCCGCCCCUCAGAGUCGUUCAGAUCGAGGGACUGGUUGUGUUAAAGAUAAUCAAACACUGCAAGGAAUUUGCCCCGACUCUCGUCACUGGACAGCUUCUUGGACUAGAUGUCGGAAGCGUCCUUGAAGUCACCAACUGUUUUCCUUUCCCCGUCCGGGAUGGUGAUGAAGAAAUUGAAGCUGAUGGUGCUAAUUAUCAGCUUGAAAUGAUGAGAUGCUUGAGGGAGGUAAACGUUGACAAUAACACUGUGGGAUGGUACCAAUCAACAAUCCUUGGUUCUUAUCAGACAGUAGAACUGAUUGAGACGUUUAUGAAUUAUCAGGAGAGCAUCAAGAGGUGUGUGUGCAUCAUAUAUGAUCCCUCAAAAGCUGAUCAGGGUGUAUUAGCUUUGAAGGCUGUGAAGCUUUCUGACUCCUUCAUGGAGUUGUACCGAAACGGAAAUUUUACGGGCGAGAAGUUGAGAGAGAAAAAUUUCUCAUGGAUGGAUAUCUUUGAGGAAAUACCAAUUAAGGUAUCAAACUCCGCGCUUAUCAGUGCCUUUAUGACCGAACUGGAGACAGAUACACCCGUCUCGCAGGGUGAUUAUGAUCGUCUACGCUCAUCGACCACUCCCUUCCUCGAGAACAAUAUGGAUUUUUUGAUUAAAUGCAUGGAUGACUUAUCUAUGGAGCAGCAAAAGUUUCAAUUCUACUACCGGAACCUGUCCCGUCAGCAAGCACAGCAACAAGCAUGGCUCCAGAAGAGGAGGGCGGAGAACAUGGCCCGGAGAGCAGCUGGAGAGGAGGCAUUGCCCGAGGAAGAUCCAUCAAACCCCAUCUUUAAACCCAUUCCUGAACCAUCGAGGCUCGAGGGCUUCCUGAUAACGAACCAAGUCUCGAACUUCUGCAGCCAAAUCAACGGUGUGGCUGGUCAGAACUUCAGUAGGCUCUAUCUCACUGAGGCAUUGCAUGAAAACUGAUAAUAAGGGCAGGUAACAAAGAGCUGAAAUUAUUGUUCUUCGUUGAGAUUUUGGGGAAGACAUUAGAUGAUGAUUCCUUCUUGGAAUUUUUUUUGGAUACUCGAAAUGAUUUAAGUUUAAAAAAUCUUUUUUUUUUUUUGUUACGAAGUGAUGUUUAGCGUACAAGUGUAGUUCUUGGUACCUUUCAUCCAUUUUGUCUUUAAGUACAUAAAGUUCUUGGUAAAUUUAAGAAUGAUUUGGAA